AUGAGUGAGUUGGGUGAUAUCCUUAACACGGCUCAGGUUGCGAAGCACUAUGAGACCAUUCAGUUUCUGACGUCGCAUCCAAAUGUGGAGUACACCCUGCUGCAGCUGGAUUUUUUGAUUCCUCGCGGCGCCUCACUGCAGCGCUUUCCAGUGGCGUGGCGGGAGUACAUGGAGGCGGGAAGCUGCUCCAACCACUGCAUUGAGGUCUACCACCGCCCCGUGGACGCCCUGGGAGGCAGUGCGGCGGGUGACAUGGGGGAUGUGGCGGUGGAGGUCAAAACGGAACUUGUGCUUGUCUGUCGACGGCCGGAGCUGCACAGCCUGGAAGAGCUCGCACGGUUGUUGCAGUCUCCUGCCAUGUUGCCGGACACCGAGGGAUGCGUGGCGCUUCAUACGGGUCAGGUGAUUCUGCAAGAGCGGCUGCUGAAGGAGUCACAGCAGCGGGGUUUACUUUAUUACUUUCCCGAUAAUUACAUCAAGGCCCGUGAGCACCGAUUGGCCAAAGGGAAACGAGGGUUCUCCGGCGUCGGCGAAGCAUUGAAUGCGUUUUUGCGCAGCGAUGAAGCGGAUGCGUUGCUGGGCGCUGACGGUCAAAUAGGGCAGUUGGAACUUCCUGCGGGUGUGGUGGCUCAGUCGAUGUUGUACACGCGUCGUGGGGUGCCGGUGCGAAGCAAAAACAGCAUUCCCACUCGUUUCAAUGUGGGUGAGCGUGCCUUGGUGGUGGUUGAGCGGGCGGCGUCUGCGAACCAUGGCUCCCCCGUGCCUGUGAGCGCCCCGGCGUUGCGGGCCUCGCUGGGUCUGGCCACGGGAAACGCCGGCGGUGCUGCGCCGCUGGAUGUGCGCGUGAAGGCGUCGCGGAGUUCGGGUGGGGGUCAGCGGAGUUUCAUGGAUAUCCGGGCGCAGGCGAAGGGCAGGGUGACCCUUUCUCUCUUUCUCGACGACCGGGAAACGAUUGUGCCGGUGGAGGUCAUGGACGAGGUGGUGUCCAUGCCGGGGGUGAUGAUUGGGCGGGAGCCGCUUCCCGCGCUCCCGGUCCCAGAGGACAUCUGCGUCAAUGACCCCGCGCUCUGGGGCGGCGGGGCCCCCGACGCCGACCCCAAACACGCGGAGCCGAAGCGACUGGGGCGCGGCGUGGCUGGCGCGACGCUCUCGUGGUGGCUGAGUCCUUCCCCUGCGGUGCUGAAGGUGCGCGAUCUUACGGCACCGGACGGCGAGAUUAUGGCCGCCGCGUCACGCGCCGUGUGGAUUCCGCACCAGACGGAUGAGGUCGCACUGCGGGUUGUAAGAAAAACACUGCGGGAGCAGCACGCCGCGGAGACGGCGCGACGAAGUCGCCGGAAGCGCAGCCGGGCCCGUGAAUUGCGGAAUUGUCACAUGCUUCACUUCGGCUUUGACGCCUUGGUGCCCUUUGGCGGCGAACCGCAGGACCGCUAG